AUGGAUGACGCUUUCCUCACCCAGGCAGCAGAGCUCGAGAAGAAGGAUGGAAAGGGCAAGGACCAAACGUAUGGCGAAAUGCGUCUACAGGCGCUCAAGCAGAGCGAGGAUAAGAACAUGGCCGGGCGCAUCGUGUCGAAAAAGCAACGCGAGCGUGAAACCAUAGAGGAAGGUCUCGAACGGAAUAUAAUCAAAGAGGCGGGUGAAGAAGGGGAUAGUUCGAACAAGGCGCUAAACAUGAUGAUCAAAAUGGGCUUUAAGCCUGGUCAAUCACUGGGUAAACGGGAGCAUGAUGUCGUUGAUGAGGUUGGGAAUGAGUCUGAGAAUGGGCCUGAGCACGCGGGAGAACACACUCACCCACAGAAAAAAGCUCACGUAGAACCCGUUAAACCUUACUUCUUGGACGGCAGAUCGGGUAUUGGGGUGCAGAGGGUGGUGUCAUCAAAGCAGAUUUCCGAGGCAGCUGCAGCUAGCAGCGCGCUUAUGGAGAACCAGCAGGAUUUCAGAGUCCGCAAGACAUUCGAAGCUAACGCACGUAAAUCAGAAGGCGUGCUGAGACAACUGAGAACUACAAUCAAGAAUGCAGACGAGGAUUUAGAGAUUAAGUUCAACGUGUUUUGGAUCAAUCCAUACGACGUAGACACCUAUCCACCUUUCAUUCUCUCGGAAGAUGUACAGCCGGUCCAGCAUACCUACAACAACGAGUCACUAGCCAAACAACUGAAGGAGCAGAUGCAGCAUGAUAAACUGCGCAAUGAGGACAUUGAUGAAGACGUGAACGAUAACAGUGUCGAAAACAUUAGCGACGUAGAUCCGGAGGUGGUUCAGCAAUGCAAAGACUUUAUAAAGCUGGAUCCUAUUGUCAGAUUGAGAUUCACCCAAGAAUACGCCAGAGAAGUGCACUCCUACUGCUUUUGGUGCGGCUGCAAAUAUCAGUCAAAACAAGACAUGAAUGAAAACUGUCCUGGAUUUGACGAGGAUGACCAUUGA